UUUCCACUGACGGUGGUACAUUUCACAUCGACACUUUUACUGAAACCUCUAUCAAACUGGCAGAAUCUGAGCAACGGCACGUAAAGGAUGUUCAAGAUUUAUGUGCUCGUAGUUAUACUCUUCAGAGCCUAUGGCGCUUUGCUCUACACCCAACCCGGGAAAAACGUGACUUUAAAGUGUUUCUAUACCUCCAGUGCCAAAAACCUGUGUUGGUACAAGCAGGUAGCAGGGAGGCAACCUAAAAUAGUAUCCUCUAUCUACACACAUUUAAGGAACAAGAACAUUUUCUACAACAAGUUUAAAGACAACCAACGCUUUGCAGUUCACACCAGACCGGGGAUCUACCAUCUGAACAUUUCUAAUGUCCAGGACUCGGAUUCAGCUAUAUACUACUGUGGACAAACCAGUGGCUCAGUCACUGAAUUUGACAAUGGCACUUUUUUGGUUUUGAAAGAGUCCAGUCUAAGUUAUUCACUCCAGCAGCCUGAGUCCGACUUUGCGAAACAUGGAGGCUCUGUUAAUCUGAACUGCACGGUGCACACUGGAACCAAUGACACAGAACACAGUGUUUUCUGGUUCAAAAGGGAGAAGUCAACAAACUCUCAUUUGAGAACAAUGUACAUCCACAGAAACAGCAGCAGUCAGUGUGUGCAUAGCUUGGGGUCCGAGUAUCCUGCACGGAGCUGUGUGCACAGUUUAUCAAAGCAGAAUGUAAGCCUGUCUGACGCCGGGACGUAUUACUGUGCUGUGGCUUUAUGUGGAGAGGUAGUCUUUGGGAAAGGAACAAGACUGGAGGUUGUAGAGAAAAGGCAGGACAUCUUCCCUCUCUUGCUGCCAAGUGUGGUUGCAGCUCUUAUCGUGUCUGUUCUGUUGAACAUCAUCUUAAUCGGUAUCCUCUGCAAAGUGUCAAGGAGAAAAAAAGGUAAAUCUGGAGGGGUGUCUCCCCCCCUCACUUCUGUGGCAGAAUACACUCCUAACAUUGAGAAUCAGGAAUCUGACGGUUUGCAGUACGACGCUCUGGAGUUCAAAAUGAUGCGUAGCAAGAGCAAAAGAAAGAAGAGCACAGAGGAGGAGACGGUUUACUCUACAGUAAGACUGUCAGACCUGAAGUGACCACACUUUCUACACCUUUCACUGACUCCUGCCAUUUCAGCGUAUGUUUUUAAAUGUUAUAAGAUUAACUUGUGUGUUUUAAACAUUCUUUAAAGCCUGUUUAUUCUUUACUGGGAAGUCUAAAGUGUCCUUAUAAUCCUAACCCUCAUAUAUGUAUGAGGAAUGGCAAUGAUGAGUGAUUAUUCUUUUUUAAAUGCAGUUGUUUCAAUAUUUCUCUUUAUUUUCUGCAGGAUCUUUUUGUAAAUGUUACUUUUGUAUUACCACUUAACUUGUAUGCAUUUGACAUUGGAACCAUAAUAGUUGGUUUUUCAUGACUUGAGUUGUCUUACCAUGCUUUUAAAUCUCAGAUUGUUGCUAACGUGGUUUCCAAAAUGUUUUGCAUGGCACUGUUAUAAAGUAAGGAUACUCACAGAGACAAAAAUGAUGGUCAAAUGUGAAACAACAGAGUCAGAGAUACUGAAACUUUUAGCCCCCAUUAUAUUUCUUUCAGACUUUGGAAAGCUCCAGAGUGACAGAAGACAUUAUCCAACUGUUUGCCAAUAUUUUGCACAUCUAAAUUAAACUCAGUGGAGUCCACGUUUAUAUUCAACAUUAGGCCUGUGUCAGAUUGUUGUAUGCAGUUAUGCUUUUGGUCGGUAGGGAGCAGCAUUCCUCCAGCUGUAUGCUUACACUGUUCUACGCUUAUUUGGUGUCACACACACACACACACACACACACACACACACACACACACACACACACACACACACACACACACACACACAUACACACACAUACACACACACACACACACACACACACCAGCUACAGAGCGGCGUUACCUCAAGAUAGAUAAGAUCGAAAAGAUAAGUUAUUUGAAGUGCACACACACCACAAAGACAUUGCCUUUUCAAAGACACAUUGAUUAUUGUGUGUUUCCCCCACAGACUGAUAUAGAGGUAAUGUUGUGGUCACCAGACAUGUGUAUAUAUACUUUUUUGUAGACCCUGUGCGCCAUAUUUGAAUGACUGCCUCACGUUUAGUCAUUAUGCAAUCAUAAAUGCUCACUUUGAUGGUUUUAUGUAGAUAAGUUUGGUCAAAAUAAACAUUUAGUUUUGAACUACAGCUGCCAAAUGUGCUCAAGUUUUAAUGAUCUAACUAUGCAUGAUGGUUAUUUGUCAUAAUAUAGUAUAUUAUGACAAAUAACCAUAUAUAUAUAUAUUAAAUAUACUAACUAAGUUUAGAACUGUAGUGGAAAUGUGCUGUUUUGUCCGAAACACUCAUACAUUUAGCGAUGUAUUUUUAAGGACUGCAGCCUGCUGAGAAAGUAAAAAAGAAAAGAAAAGAAUCUUCCCGCUCUGGUCAGCUCGCUCACAUCGAGUUCAAUCUAGGUGGUUUUGUUGCCCUCCCCUCCUGACAGGAAAUGUGGUUUUAAUCAUGAUCCUGUUUGUUUGUUUGAGUUCACAAUGACGCCUCUGCUUCUUACUUCUCUUGUCAGAAAGCAAAUACUUACAGCCACAGUUCAUAAAAGUGAAUAGAUACAGAUGAAAGGCACUGAUACAUCUAACUACAAGAGGUCAUGGUGGAGAAGAGGUUACUGUCAGUCGCUUUUACUUUCUCUUUUCUACAAGCUUGUGUUCUUUUAUUGUAACUAAAAGUUGUCUUGAUGUCUCUGCUUUUGACAUAUAUUUCGAUAAAUAUAAAGAAAGAUAAUUUGGAUGUGUAUAUGGUCACUUAUAUUUGUGUUAAACAGUGCAGAAGUACAAAGGAAGUAUAUCUGUCCCCGUCUGACCUGGUUUACUUUUAAUGUCAGUAUUGAAGAAGUGGAAAAAUGAGGUGUGGUGUCAAUGUGGUUCUUUAGUAACCAGCUCAUGUGUUCGUGCUCAUAGUUUUUCUGACAUAUUUCUACAGUUACGACACACUAACAAAUGUAUUUAACCCUACUGUUUUUAAACACGUCAACAUUUGGUGCAACACCAUGGUCAAAAAAUAAAUAUGAAAAGUGAGAACUGUGGGGGUCAGAUUAGAUUAGUAUUGUAUUUAACCACUCUAUCUUCUGUAUUGUUCUGCAGAGGCUUAAUAUAAAGUAUGAAAUUUAAUGUGUUGUAAUGAACCAAAUGUAUUCCUAGGUCAGUUGUAGAAGUUAUUUGCUUGUACUGAAUAAGUGUUAUUAACGUAAAGACCUUUUACACACACUGUUGCUUCCUCUUUUCAUAGUUGCCACAUGCUCUGACUCAUAUUCUCUUAAAACAAAAAUGGGAGGAUCUUAUUUUCCAUUUCAGCUUAGACUUGUUUAUGAAACAGUGAACAUUAGGCCGUCACUUUGCACAGCUCAGGAAGUGAGUUGGUCAGUCUUGCCUGUGCAUAGAGACCACAAACAUCAAAAGACAUUUCAGUCACACGCAAACGGGCGUGUGCAUCUACUGCAGGAGUUGACAGUGUUGUUAGAUCUGCAAGGUAGGGUUAGAAGGACCUUAACAAAAUUAUAUUAUUUUCUUUAGAGUAAAAUACAAUUAUGUUUUUUAUAACCUCAGCAGAAAGACAAGCUCCAAAACCGCCAAAAACAUUUUCAUUGAGAUUUUUUAGCAAGCACCAUUUAUGCAAAGUAUAUCCUCAUUCCCUCUAGCCAGCCACUGUCUUGUAAAUUGAUUAAGCUAAUUCUUGACUUUAGUGAAAUAUGUUUUAUGCAAUUUUGUAGGAAUUGCAAGUUGAUUUUAAGUUAAUAAAAUGAGGGUAAACCAACAGCUGUCUGGGCAACGAUAAUACAUCUGUCAGUCUAAACUGGUAUGCUCUGGGAAAUGGAUACAAAUGGUUGCGUUACGCUAUCCAGUACAACUAUUUUAUAAGUUUGGAAUGAACACAGCUAUUAGCUAGAGACUCAGAUGUUGAAACAAAUUGUAAACUUCUAGUGGGAACCAGUGUUAAUGUUCCAAAGCUAGGCUAACUAGCGUUGACUUUUAACAACAGAAUGGCUGCUGCUUUAAGUAAACCACUGAUAGAUGUGCGUUUAGAAAAUAAGGGGACAGUCCAAUAUAAAAUAGGCAUCCUUCUUCAGUGUUUCCAUUUUCCCAUGUGUGGCAGAAGCUAAUGGUUAGCAUAUCAAAACAGAGUGGUACAUGUUUGGUUUUUUUUAAACUCCUUACCAUUUAACAUAACAUCGCCUUUGAAUAACUUCUAAAAUUAGAGGGCAAAAAAUGCAACAUUGAAUUAUUUAUAAUUUGCUAUU